AUGUGGAUGCUGCAUCCUAAAUUCCCUAAGGUUGUGCAAGGUGCUUGGACAGAGAGUACAAGUCUUCUAGAGGCAACUUUGAACUUUACUGUCAAAGCUAAAAAGUGGAAUGUAGAUGGGUUUGGCAAUGUGUUUAUAAAAAAGAAAAGAGUACUUGCAAGAAUUAAUGGUGCUCAAAAAACCCUCACCAACAAUCCUAAUGAAUUUCUGAUCCAAUUGGAAAAUAAAUUAAUUGAAGAAUAUGCAACUAUCCUUCUUCAAGAGGAGGAAUUUUGGGCCCUUAAGUCUAGACUAAAUGUGGCAGCUUUUGGGGACAGAAAUACUUCGUAUUUUCACCUUUCCACAAUUGUCCGUAGACAUAAGAAUAAAAUUAGAGGUAUUAAAAAUAGAGAACGGGAGUGGAUAUUUGAGGAAGAUCAAGUCAGAGAACACAUACACAGAGGGUUUUAUGAUCUAUAUUCCACGGAGUUGGAAAAGUCUAGUCUCAACUCUCCUAUCUCUAACUCCUCUUGCCACUAUUUCUCGGAGGAGGAACAAGAAAGGAUUGGAAGGGAGGUGUUGGAGGAGGAUAUUAGGGUUGGAUUGUGGAGCCUAAAGUUAUUUAAGGCUCCUAGACCAAAUGGAGUUCAUGCCGGAUUUUUCCAAUACUUCUGGCACGAUGUCAAAUAG